GUCUCCGCGCCAGUCCAAGCCCAUUCACAUGCACUUGUAUCCUUCCUCACCUCCUCUCCCCCCCCUCCCCUGCUCCCUCGUCACUCUCCCCGCUACCUCAUCUCUAUUGCUGCCUAGCUAGGCCGAUCUCGUAAUGGCCGCAAUGGCGAGCUCCAGAGUUCUUCCUGUUGCCGUGCCGUCGUUGAUGGCGCUGCUGGUGGCGACGGUUGCGUUGACGCUCGUCAGCGGCGCCGAGGCCAGGCCGUUCCUGCCCAACAACAUCACCGUGGUCGGCUCCGUCUACUGCGACGCCUGCUCCAACAACACCUUCUCCAAGCACAGCUUCUUCCUCAAAGGUGCCCGGGUGCUGAUCCAGUGCAGCUUCAAGGCGAACUCGACGCUGUCGGAGAUGAUCUCCCUGGAGGCGGAGCGGAUGACGGACCAGCACGGCGUGUACAAGCUUGACGUUCCCCCAGUGGAGGGCUUCGAGUGCCGCGAGGGCCACGAGCUCCGGUCCUCGUGCCGCGCCACGCUCCUCCGCAGCUCCUCCUCCGCCUGCGCCGUCCCGGGCCUCCGCGGCUCCUCGCAGCACAUCGCUCUCCGCGGCCGCCCCCGCAAUGGCGCGUCGUCGUGCUUCCUCAACCUCAACGCGCUCAACUUCCGCCCCGCCAAGCGGGACGCCACGCUCUGCCGCGGCAGCGGCAAUGGCGGCUUCGGGGAGUCGCUCUUCUUCUGGCCGCUCAUGCCGCUGCUCUGGCCGCCGUUCCGGGGGCUCCCGUUCCCGGCAGGAGGGACGGUGUCAUUCCCGUGGCCGUUCCCGGUGCCGGAGUGGCUCGUGCCAUUCCUGCGGCCGCCCUUCUUGCCGUUCCCGCUCUAUCAGCCGGCAUCGGCGCCUUCCCAGGCAGCGGCGUCCGGGCCAUAGGCUUUGGCCGGGGUCAGUGAAGAAAGCUUGACUACUACAAGACACGAGAAUUUAGCCUUGUUGGUUAGCCCGGGUAGUUUAUGUGUUGUAGUACCAUGAUGCCACGGUGUGUAAUUCAUUGAGCUGAUGAAUGCAUGGACCGACGUGGUGAUUAAUCCUAGCCACGACCAUUAGCGUGCUCUGUUUGUUUCUAGCUAGUGUAAGAACAGAGGCAUACAACCCACGAAUUGACAUAAAAUGCUUCGUCGGCUAUCUGCUCGCCCCACGUAAGGGACCUGGAAGUUUGCCCAAUCUGCGUGUGGGCGAGAAGGAAUAGCUGCACGCGUGCCUGUAACUGAUUGCUGCAAAUAGAGUGAAUCAGAAUCGCUGCCUUGGCUUU